AUGGCCGAUACCGAGAUCCUCAGACCCGAGGAGCAGCAAACUCCGAGAACUCCUCACCAGAAUAUCCGCACCAACGGCCGUGCCUUCAACUCGGCCAACUGGCGCAUGAAGGGCGAAGAAAGCCCUCAACCCCCUCCCCCUCCCCGCGAACCAAUACCUCUCGCACCGCCUUUAGUCGUCCAGGAUCCCAUGUGCCCCAAGCUAUCUCUGAUGGCCGCCGUCUAUAUGUUGGCAACAUGCCCUAUACCGCCAAAUCCGAGGAUCGAGCGCAUUGACAUUGCCAUUGACCCUUUUACCGGCCGGAACCCAUCGUACUGUUUCGUCGACCUGCACACAAAGGAACAAGCUGAGCGGGCCAUGAUCGACUUGGAUGGAAAGGAUAUGCUAGGUCGUCCCGUGAAGAUCAAGCCCGGUGUGGCUAAGUCAUCGGCCGAGCGUGCCAGUGAACAACAGCAGCGAUCCCCGAUUGCCAUGGACCGAUGGCGUCGCUCGGAGACUGAGAGUUCACCCAGAGUCAGCUCUGAUUUCAGCCAGCGCGUAUAUGUGGGUGGAUUGCCUCGUGUGGCCGAGCCCGAGGUUGCGGAGGCCCAGAUCAAGACCUUUUUCCAAGGAUACACCGUUGAGAAAGUGAGCAAGCUGUUCUCCCCCCACCCCGCGAAGCGAUUCGAGCCCGGCGAGCACUAUUAUCUCUUUGUCGAUUUCAGCACCGUGGAAGAGGCUCAACGGGCCUUGAAUACUCUGAAUGGCCAACAAGGACCGUGGGGUGGCCCGAUCCGCGUGCAGCGGGCGCGGGGCAUUACCAAGCCGGAGGAGCGCAUUAGCUCCGAGGCUCUUUAA